GCCGAAACGGUCCUACCUGAGUAUGAGGCAAGGCUGUGGUGGUGGUUGUCGCCGGUCAGCUGUGUUGUGGGGACAAGAUGGUUUGCCACCAGACUAGUGCCCUUAUUACGCACUGUGGCCCUCCCUUCCCUACGGCGGGGGGGUUGCACACCUCUUCCCCCCGGUCCUCAGGCGCUGUGUGGACAUACCGGACUGCCCCUGUGGCUCCUUCCAAGACGGUCACAAGGAGGGCAGAGUUCGUGAGUGCAUUGAUGUGGUGGUGGGUGCUGUACCACCUUAUGACUGAAUACGAGCACAUCACGGGUGAAUUUCCCUACCCUGACCCUUCUAAAUGGAGUGAUGAGGAGCUUGGCAUCCCCCCUGAUGAUGAGGACUGAGGCCGGAUGUCACUGCCUUGCCUUCCAUCUAGGUGGCCUGGUGGCACUAAGCACAGUUCACUCUAGGUGGUCUGGUGUCGGCUCCUUAGGGGUCUGUUUAUAGUUGUAAAGUUUUGAUUCAAGGGUAAUAAUAAUGAUAAUUUCCUGGGGUAGGGAGACACUUGUUGAGUCACAUUGUUCUUAUGUUCAGAACACAGACUAAAGAUUAUCUUUCUUUAUUGAACUCUGUCUCCAAAAAGUAGGCUGCUGAAAUGUAUGUGGUAGUGAGAGUUCAAUUUUGUAUGCUUAAAUUAUGAGUGAAUGACUGAAGACUUUGAACUUGUGUAAAUAAAAGUCUCUAUAUUA